AAACUAUCAAACAGAAGCAGAAAAGCUCCAAAUCUCCCUCAUCACUUCUGUCUCUCUCCAGAAAGUUCCUCUCGCUGUGUUUGCUGCGAUGUCAAAGAGCGAAUUGGAUUCGAAAGGCUCGGGAGACGGCGCCGCCGGCUCCAUGGAGGAGCUGAAGAAGGUCUUCGACAAGUUCGACAAGAACGGCGACGGCAGGAUCUCCUGCGAGGAGCUCAGGGGCGUUUUCGGCGAUCUCGGUUCCGAGACGGCCUCACUGGAGGAGGUCCAGCGCAUUAUGGCUGAGUUCGACAAGGACGGCGACGGUCACAUUGACAUCGUGGAGUUCGCAGAGAUCAUCAAUGGCGGAUCCACCAAGGAGCUUCGCGACGCGUUCGACCUCUACGAUCUCGACAAGAACGGGCUGAUCUCCACGAGUGAGCUGCAUGAGGUGCUGAAGCGGUUGGGGCAGAAGUGCUCGCUCAAGGACUGCGCGAAGAUGAUCAGCUCCGUCGACGCCGACGGCGAUGGCCACGUCAACUUCGCCGAGUUCAAGAAGAUGAUGACUCGCAAAUAAAGCUAUUGAAGCGAAUGGAUCGGUAAAGCAACAUAACAGUAGAAAAUAUUAAUUAGUAUAAAAUUAGAGUUUAAUUAGGGAUUUGGAUUUAAAUUUCUUAGAGAUUGACGUAGUUAAUUUUAAGGUGUACAAAACCUAUUAAAGUAUUACCGGUGCUAAUUGAUCGCGUUUUCAAAUA